AUGGCUGAGCUCAGGGAAGAAACUACAGCAAAUUCAAAGUAUAUCAGAGAUCAAGGCUACAAUCUCGUGGAGAUGUGGGAGUGCCAGUGGCGCCGAAUGAAAAAAACUAACUCUGCAGUACAAUAUUUCACGAACAGAAAGUUUCACCGACCCCUUGACCACCUCCAGACCCUGGAUCAAAAUCAGAUUAUAAAAGCUAUCAGAGACGAGUCUCUCUUUGGUGUUGUCGAGUGUGACAUCACAGUACCUGACCAUCUGAAACCCAAGUUCUCCGAAAUGUGUCCAAUCUUCAAAAAUACGCAGAUUUGUAAAGAAGAUAUUGGUGAAUACAUGCAAACCUUUGCCGAGGAGCAACAUAUCAUGCCUCAACCUCGUAGAAGUCUAAUAGGUAGCUAUUUUGGAGAAAAGAUCUUGUUGGCCACACCGCUCAUUAAAUGGUACUUGGAGCACGGGUUAGAAGUCACAAGGAUUUACCAAGUGGUCGAGUACACACCCGUUCCUUGUUUCCAGCCCUUUGGAGAAGCUGUCUCCGAUGCCAGGCGUGCUGGGGAUGUGGACCCGAACAAAGCCAUCAUCGCAGAUACAAUGAAAUUAGUAAGUAUGAUUUCAUUUGUACAAGCAUUUUGCCACUUUUUUCCUUAUGCAAACCUUAUUAAUGUUCUGAUACAUUAUUUAUUAGGUCGGGAAUUCCAGUUACGGGAAGACGAUCACGGACCAAGAACGCCACAGAGAGGUUAAGUUCUGCGAAGAAACAAAGGCCUCACGGCUUAUCAACACACCCUUCUUCAGACAGAUUGACCGGAUCGAAGAUAACACUUAUGAAGUGCAGUCUUGCAAGAAAACAGUCAAGUUGAAUCUACCCAUGCAAAUCGGAUUUUUUGUUUAUCAGUAUGCGAAACUCAGAAUGCUUCAGUUCUAUUUUGAUUUUCUUGAGAAGUAUUUAGAUCGUAGUGAUUUUCAGUAUUGUGAAAUGGAUACAGACUCUGCCUAUAUCGCGAUCGCGGGUCCAUCAGUUGAUAGUUUAGUCAAACCUGAGUUAAGGGCAGAAUUUCAAAAGGAUAAGUUUAACUGGUUCCCCAGAACCGAUACACCAGAGAACAAAGCAUAUGAUAAGCGAACACCCGGUCUUUUCAAAGAAGAAUGGUCAGGGGAAGGAAUAAUCGGUCUCAGUAGUAAAACCUAUUAUUGCUUUGGUUCCUACGAUAAGUUUAGUUGCAAAGGAGUAAACAAAACAUGUAAUGAUAUCAAUAAAGAAAAAUAUCUUAAUGUUCUACUGACCAAACAAAGCAGUUCAGGACUUAACAAGGGUUUCCGUGUAGUUAAUAACAGUAUGUAUACAUACGAACAAGUUCGUGAUGGUUUUUCGUACUUUUACCCCAAAAGAAAAGUAUUGGACGAUGGGGGAACCACCAUUCCAUUAGACAUUUAA